CCUCCGGAAGUCGGGUCCUGGUUCUCGGGCCCAGUCAAAACAAAGCGGCUCCGGUUCGUCGCCUCCGUUAAACCGUGAAUACUCCGCACAUUCCCCGGAGGAGAAACCACCGCCCGCCGCUUCUCCUCUGCCCGCCGAGGUCGCCUGGUCCCCGGGGCUCCGCGGCGGAUCUCCCGGGCUGCUGGGCUUCGGUCUCGGUGACGGAUGGAGGCGGAAAACACCGAGAAACCCGACGAAUAAAAGCCCCGAAGAACCGGAGGAGCUCAGGUCCAGACCCCCGGGCCCGGUGGUUCACAUGGCGGAGUAGGAGGCUGCUGCGACCCAUCGACCCGCGGUGUGUGAGCCGGGAGCAGCAGCAUGGCCCCGGGCUCCCUGGUGGCGGCCUGCCGCAGCCUGGCCCUCUCCACCUGGCUGCUCUCCUUCUGCUUCGUGCACCUCCUGUGCCUGGACUUCACCGUGGCCGAGCGGGAGGAGUGGUACACCGCCUUCGUCAACAUCACCUACGUGGACCCGGCCACCUCCGAGCUCCGCACCGACAAGACGGAGUGCGGCCGCUACGGGGAGCACUCCCCCAAGAGGGACGCCAAGGGGGCGGUGGUCCUGCCCGCGGCCCCGCACGACCGCCAGGCCUGCGACCCCAACACCCGCUUCACCGGGCCCGCGCAGCCCGGGGCCUGGAUCGCGCUCAUCGCCCGAGGGAACUGCACCUACAAGGACAAGAUCCGGCACGCGGCCGCGCACAACGCAUCCGCCGUGGUCAUCUUCAACGUGGGCUCCGCCAACGUCAACGACACCAUCACCAUGCCGCAUCCAGGUACAGGUGAGGUUGUCGCCAUCAUGAUCCCGGAGCCAAAAGGUCGCGAGGUGGCGUUGCUGCUCGAGCACAACGUGACGGUCACCAUGACGAUCACCAUCGGGACGAGGAACCUGCAGAAGUACGUCAGCAGGACGUCUGUGGUGUUUGUCUCCAUCUCCUUCAUCGUGCUGAUGAUCAUCUCGCUCGCCUGGCUUGUCUUCUACUACAUCCAGAGGUUCAGAUACGCCAACGCCCGAGACAGGAACCAGCGUCGUCUUGGCGAUGCGGCGAAGAAGGCCAUCAGUAAACUGCAGGUUCGCACCAUCAGGAAGGGCGACCAGGAGACAGAGCCCGACUUCGACAACUGCGCCGUCUGCAUCGAGGGCUACAAGCCCAACGACGUGGUCCGCAUUCUGCCCUGCAGACAUCUGUUCCAUAAGAGCUGCGUGGAUCCGUGGCUGCUGGACCAUCGCACGUGUCCCAUGUGCAAGAUGAACAUCCUGAAAGCUCUGGGCAUCGCUCUGAACGCAGAUUGUCUGGACGACCUCCCGCUGGACUACGACCUGGUCCUUGGCGGCGUUGGUGGGGUCGGUGUGGGUGGAGUAGGCGGAGUCGGGGCCCUGGCUCUGGAGGCCGUCGUGUCCGGGGCGUCCAGUGACAGCACACUGAGCGAGGGCGGCUCCUCUGUGGUGCUGGACCCCGGUGUACGACGGGUCGGACUCCCACAGGACUACCAGGACCCCGACACCCUGAGAGACAGCCCUGUGACGGCCACCACCGACACACACACAGGUGAGCAUCAGCCAAUGGCGAGCAGCGCCUCAGUGGCAUCACUGGUCAUCGCCGUGGAAACCGGUCUAUCGGAUGAGGAGGGGUCUAUGGAGCACUCUCAGCCGGGGAACAAAUCCUGAGCUCGACAGAACCAAACCAGAACCUGAAAAAAACCUCCGAUCAGGUUCCGACUGUGGACCUCAGUCGACCAGACGGGACCUGACCCUGGUCCAGGACCUGGUUCUGGUUUGGAAGCUAAACCAAGAAGCAGCACCACGGUUUGACUGGGUUUUGUUCCUCUUUGGACAAAACGUUGUUGAACUAAACUUGUUGGGACCCUUGUUGGACUCGCGCCUCACUAGAACCUGGGUUUAGAACCUGGGUGUAGAACCUGGGUGUAGAACCUGGGUGUAGAACCUGGGUUUUGAACCUGAGCUUUGAACCUGGGUUUAGAUCCCGGACUUGGUUUGAUUUGGUUUUUCGUCUCCUCCUGGACUCUUGGAGUGGUUGGACCUAACGUAGGUGUAAUGGAACUCCAUAUGGACCUGGUUAAACUGGGACAGAACUCAGUCCAUGUAUCUGUUGUCUCUUGGUGCCUAAGUCUCAAACAAACCCACCUUCACCUGGUUCAUGCUGUUUGUAGAAGAAGCAAACGAGGAAAAUUAAUCGUACGAGACGCAUUUAAACACUUUCUUGUGGAAGUGAAAGGUUUUUAAACUUGUGUCAAAUCGUUGGUGCUGAGAUGUCACAUGAUGGUGGAGAGCUGCACGACCAUCGAUCCUCCUUAUUUAUAUGAUUGAAAACCAUCCGUAACCCCGGGCGACACAUUUCAUCCUCCAGAUGUUUACACUCAAAACGUUAAGGACCUGUUGAUCGUAGCUUCGUCACCAUGGAACAUCCGGCUGUGACUUUGUAUUUGGUCAAAUAUGAGAAAAUACUUAUUUAACAUUUUGAAUGAGUGUAGUUUUGUCCAAUGACAGUCGUUGUCAAAGUCUACGUCCUCAACGUCGAUAAAAAAGUUCUUUUGUUUCUUUGUGCGAGUCUUCUACGAAUAAGUGUAUUUUCAUUACAUUUAAAGUUCUGCUCAAAUUAAAUCAAUCGGCAUCACAGAUGAAAUACCACCGAUCGUCCGAUAAUCCCACCGAUCGUCCGAUAACUGAUCGUUUGUGUGUUUGAAUAUACGUCGUGUCCGCUCAGCUCACAAAGACGUUCCUCAUCUGUCGUGGUCGUCUCCUUGAGUAAUGUUCAGGAAGUGUUUGUCGCGUUCGAUCCCCGUCCACAGUGUUGCUUGGUCCUGUUUCCAUGUCCAUCCGUCUGGACCACACGUGUCCGUUACCGCGGCAGAACGCUGCCUUUUCAAAAACAAUUUACCCUCAACCCCGACAAUCAAGGAUGGAUCUUUAACAUGUCGGUCACGGAUCCACUCUCUGAACCUAACCAGUGUUUUUCAAACAUGUUCGCUGGUAUUCAAAUCUCCUGAGGUUACACCGGCAUCACCCAAACACGCUGUGAAUUAACGUUCCCUGGUUUCAGAGUCGAAACACGAUGCAGAGCUGUCGACGGGAGAAUGCGUCAGAAACAACGGUUCGUCAGCUCAAAGCCAAACAUGUAAAUAUAAAAUGUAUAUUCCACAAGUUCACUAUGCCACACGGGGGCACCGUCGGUUUCUGCGUAGAGCUGUGGUUGUUCUGUGGCGUCUCCAGCGCUGUGAGCUUCCCGAGACAGAGAGAUAAAGAUUGUCGUCUAUUUUGAUACCAGACGUUUAUUUUUGUAACAAAGACUGAUUCGCUCCCGUCGCCGCCUGACGACUCUCAAUGUGAUUGAGCAUCGAUCGGCACAUUUCCUUGUUUAUUUAUGUAACUGUACAUUUACACACAAUGCAAAGGACCGUACGAAUCUAAACUCUAAGUUUGUCCGUUAGCAUCUGACCGUCUAUGAUGAAAACUGAUCCUGGUGGUAAACUGGAGAACCACUGAUUUAUUUACCUUUUUGAAGUUGUUUCCACAAUCUGAAAUGAAGGAAAACGUGACAGAAAAAAUAAGAAUAAUUACAACAGUUUGAACCAAGUUAUUAAAAAAAUAUUAAUUUCAAAAGAAAGAAACCAUAAAUAAGAUUGACAGCAAGUUGUUGCUUUUACCAUUUAACUGUGUAUUUAUGUAUCUGACACAAAAUCAAAUUGGUUUAAUCGUUGAAAUCUUCAGUUUUAGUUCCGACACUAAAACGAUUCUAAAUAUUUAGCUUGAAGUUUCCAGUUCAACCACUGAGUUCAAUUCCUCUCCGACCGUCAGAAACCUUUUCCAGGUUCUUCUUCUUUUCUUCACGUUCGGUUUCACGACUUGUUGGUUUGAGCAGCGGUGAAACGGUGUAAAAUAAACCAAGAUGCUGGAUUUGUUUUUCUUGGCCGAGUUUUAGUGUAAAUUGUUUGAAUUAAAAUCCUUUGUGUUGUAAACGUUAUUUUCAAUGAAUUUAGUCGAGUAUCAUGUUGUUCACUUUAUUUCAUUCUCCGACUUCUUUGUGUGAUCGCAGUUGUGCCGUCGCAGUCGUGACAAUGAACUGAAGUCGAUUCUUCUUUAAAUCUGUUGGUUCUGUUGGAAACGACUGAAGCUGCAGAGACGUCCUGGUCCCCGUUAGCGCUCGAAAUCAAACGUCCACGUCCGCUCAGGUUCCCUCGUUUGUUCUCAGUUUCUUUGAUCCAAUUGUUUCUGAUUUGAGAUUUUUAAUCAACAUUAGUUUCCUUUAUUACCGUCUCCCUGUGGUCCGACAAAAUCAAACACUUCUUUUUAAUCAAACAUUUUUACAUAUUUCAAAUGAAGAUAUUGAUAACAAGACAUUGAUAUUUUUUUCAGUCCUUAAAGUCGCGUAUCACAUCAUCAUAUAACAUCAUAUGGUGGACGGUCUGAAAUGAAUAAACAAAACGUCAAAUAUAGAAUAAUCUAACUAUUAAACUACGAUGUACAAUAAUUACAACGGGUCAGUGUGAAGGAUUCAGGAGCAUCAUUCUGUUUCUACGGUAACCCAGUAUCAACAAACACGGGCGCUGUGUUACUCGCAGGCCACCGGAGGUUUUUUCUUCACGCUUGGAGGUGAAGGGUGAGCGGUAUUCGGUUAGUUGCAAUCUGCAACACCACCACUAGAUGUCACUAAAUCCUGCACACAGCAUGUAAUUAAAAUGGUGACUAUGGUUUCCGUUAGUUUUCAGAGUCAUAAUUGUCCUGAUGAUAAGAUAUAUAUACGAUUGAAUAUGUCAUUCAAGUACACAGUUAUAUUAUGAGACAGUAAUCUGUAAUUAAACGAGUUCUGCGACGGGAAUAUUUGCAAAAUAAGAACAGAUCUGAUAAUUGUGAUCUAGAGAUCUUGUAAUAAUUUGUCCUAAUUGCGAUACGUUAGUUAAUAGUUAAUGUAAGUGUGAGAUACAGAUCUUAUAAUCAUCAGAUAUUAACGGUUUUAUUUUCUAAAGUCAACUUUUUAUUAGUUACAUUUUUGAACAUCAGCUUUUUCAACGUUAACGUGAAACUGCCGAAGGGUUUUAAAAACGGGACCUCACGUCACUGUCAGUCAUGACGUCUGACUCCUCCCUGUUCCUUAUCUCUGCUUGCCAAUUGGCUGCUUCCCCUGAAUGCUGUGUUUUGAUUGGUUGCUCGGCCUCUUUAGUUGAUGCACUUUAAUACUGUUUCUCUGGAAGGUUCUUAAAGUCUUGUCUCUUUCUGCCGUCACACGGAACCUUUUCUACUUGUCUCUUCCUUUUCUGUCCUACUCCUCCCAUCCUUCUCUUUUCCUUCUUUUCAUCUUCGCUGCUUUGGUUUCACACGUUUAUUUUUUUCUUGUGUUGUAUCUUUGUAACUCGUAAUAACCCCCCCACACUAUAUUUUUCAUCUGAAGACAGAAGCAGCAUCAGUUUUAAUAUUUUUCGCUGCUUAUACUUUACAAUUUAAUCGAAGCUAUGUAAGAAAAUGUCGAAGGAAAGACAGAAGGUUCAGAUCCUUCCAGGGAGACGGCGAAAGGUUGAGAGGCGAUCAGCUGCAUCUGUUGCCAUGGUAACCCCUGGGCUAGCUUGACAACAGGGUGUGGCGUGUGCGUUUCUACGAUAUACAUUGUUUUCAAAAUGUCUGUUUGUGCGAUUGUCCUGUGCACGCAAACUAAAACUACACACACCUACGUACACGCGUGUAAAUACGCCAUGUUGUUUCUGUGUUUCAGUUGAUGCACGUGUUCUGAUUCAGUACAGAAUUUAAAUAAAGUUUUAUUGCAAGUU